AUGGGUCUAAAACCUCAGUCCUUGGAGUCCAGUGGGGACGAUGACAUCAUCGACCCAGAUGUCGUCCCCAGUGAGCCAGCAGUCAGCCCAGACCCAGAGGAGCCAGCGGUCGUCCUCGACCCAGAGGAGCCAGCGGUCGUCCUCGACCCAGAGGAGCCAGCGGUCGCCCAGGACGAUGUCCAAGAGUCAGAGGAGUCUGGGGUCUCUGAGCGUAGCCUCCAGGAGUCCAGUGGGGACGAUGACAUCAUCAACCCAGAUUUCGUCCCCAGUGAGCCAGCGGUCACCCUCGACCCAGAGGAGCCCAGGACGAAGAGUCAGAGGAGUCUGGGGUCUCUGACUUCCGCCAUGACUAAGCCCAAAGUGUCGGGCCAGUGCCCCAUAUGCCUCAAAGUUUUGCAGCAUACAAGCAAACACAUCCGCGAGGUGCAUCGCAUUAAAAACGCAAGGGAGAGGAGUAUACUGAACGCCAUAUCCACUGGCAGGGUUGACAUUGGAAAGGGAACAUGCCCGGUCCCAGGGUGUGGUCUCUUUUGGAGACGACUCUCCAAACAUAUUGAGGCCCACAGUGAUCUGCUCCCCGGCAGAAGGGAGGCCUACCAGCAGGUAGCCCACAGGGAUGCCGCCUUGAAGCGGCUGUCGGAGCUGUGGGCUACCGACCCUCAACCUCCCAUGGCCUCGGUGUUGGACCUUGAGGACAGCCUUGCCUCUGAAUGCCGGAACCCCUCCUGCAUUCAGAGGGAGUUCAGGAUCCGGGAGUUGGAGACAUUUUGUCCCUCUUCCUCGUCAGUGCCGGAGUCCGCGGCUCGCUCCAGGUCUUCUUGUGACGUUGGCGGAGAGCCAGCUGGGGUGUGGUCCGCUAGCGGGGAGUGUGAUAUCCGCUGCGACGGCCCGGGCGAGUUUGUUGUGGACUCUGGUGGGGACAUCAGAGCAGUCAGAGACUUUGGAGCUGGAGACAGAGACACAACUGCCUAUUACACAAUGACUAAGCCCAAACAGUCAGGCCAGUGCCCCAUAUGCCUCAAAGUGUUGAUGCACAUAAGCAAACACAUCCGCGAGGUGCACCGCAUUCGAAACCAAACGGAGAGGAGCAUUUUAAACGGCAUAUCCUCUGGCAGGAUUUACAUGCAACAGGGGCUAUGCCCGGUCCCAGGGUGUGGUGUCUUUAGGAGACGCCUCUCCACACAUUUAGAGGGCCACGUUGAUCUGCUCCCCGGCAGAAGGGAGUCCUUCAAGCAGGUAGCCCACAGGGAUGCCGCGUUGAAGCAGCUGUCAGAGCUGCGGGCUACCAACCCUCAACCGCCCAUGGCCUCGGUGUUGGACCUUGAAGACAGCCUUGCCUCUGAAUGCCGGCUCCCGUCCUGCAUUCAGAGGGAGUUUAGGAUCCGGGAGUUGGAGCAUGCCAAGACAAAUGGCGCCGGGUCGGCAAAUCCCCACCCAGUUGAAGCCGCACCCCCCAAGAACCGGUCAACCCGGUUCCUUUUCCUGGGCUACCUGUCGGCCUACCUGGCAUGCAUUUAUGGGCACAGGACCGAGGUCUUCACAAAAAUGACCCAGGCGGAGGUACUUGAACAUAAAACUGUUCAAACAUACGGCCACGCCCAGGUGUACCUCACCGCAGAGGAGUACGGGUGGUGCCGGAGAUGGCUGGGCCUUCUCCGACGCACCAUCCCGAGCAGCAUUUAUUUUUUUUGUUCUUUUGGAGAAGGCCCAAUUAAAGAUUUACGGGGCUACAUGGGGCGAGCCUGGACCGACAUGGGCCUGGGUCCAGUGCCCACAUUCAUGGACAUCCGGACCGCUGUGGCCACCUAA